AUGCCUCUGGCGAGGUCAUUCGCAUCAAAAAUGCUCCCAUGGAGCGGCACGCUGAAACCACACCCUCGCACCUGUCGCGACGUCUGGAUUGUGGCCAGACCACUGCCCGGCCAUGACGCUAGCCCCCAUCAUACCCAGCGCCUCCGCACGCCCCACAUGGCGUCAUGUCAUGUCCCACUGCUGCAUUUUGCCCGGCAGAAAAUCAAGCGCGCCCCUCCAUUCAGUUGCCAUGGAGCUGCCGACCCCAUCACCGCCCGACCGGGGCACGGACUUGUUAUCAUCGAUGUUCGUACACUUUAUCGAUCCCCACCCGUUUGCUUGGCUGAGCUAUGGCCAGAUCCGCAUCCCGCUAGUCCGCUUUGCCUCGCCCUCCGACCCAUCACGAUCGCGACGACACACUCUCCAUCGCCAUGGGCAAAUCAUUCGGUGCGACUCACCAGCCAUCACUUUGACCACAUUGCCAUGUACCUGUUAUAA